GUCCCUUUCGGCUACAGCCGUAAGCACGUCAGUGCUGAAUGAGCUUCAGUGUUUAGCUUGGUUUGACAAGUUUCCCUGGAUGAUCAUGGGGGUAGGAGUGAGUAGUUAGCACAUCAAUAAAAAGUUGCAGCUCAUUGCUUAUGUUUCAGGUAGACUCGGAGUCUGACGAUAUGACAAAUGUAGGGACGUGACAAGUUUUCCACUUCCCCCCUCUGAGCCAUUCUCCAGCAAGUCGAUUCUAACGUUAACUAGCUACAUCGGGAAGAGUAGACACAAGAGUAAAGAUGAACAGCCUAUCUUUUGACGAUCCUUCGUUGGAUAAUCUGGAUCCAACACUGUCGCUUAAUGACCCCAGCGAUAUUGACACGGCCCUCUUAAACGACAUUGAUGACAUGCUACAGCUCAUCAGCAACCAGGACAUGGAGUUUGGAGGACUGUUUGAUAACCCUCCAUACACAGUGCCUCCUCCCACCCAAGAGCUUUCUGGUUUGACCCAGUCCAUCACCUCACCUGCCCCUCCAACCACAACUACAACACCUCCACCUUCAUCUUCCUCUUCCAUCCUAAGCAGUAGCCCCCACCUGGAUGCGCUCCUGGGCCCUCCCAUCACCCGUAGUUCCUCCACGCCAGACAAGGCAUUCCAGCCUCCCACCUUCCAGCAGUCCCCCCUGGCCCAGGUGCCUAACUCCACACAGAGGCAACAACCAGCCUCCCCACAGCAGGCUCAGAGCCUCAAACAGCCCCAGGUGGAGCAGCCCCAACCCGUUCUCAGCCCGUCCGCCCCCGCCCAGGCAGCUUCACCUCAUGGCUCACCAGCACCAAACCUGGUUUUUAGCUCCACGGCCCAGGCCCUCUUCACCUUGCCUGCGCCUCAGACGCCACCUCAGACUCCGCCUCAGCUCCAGCCUCAGCUCCAGCCUCAGCUCCAGCCUCAGCUCCAGCCUCAGCUCCAGCCUCAACUCCAGCCUCAGCCCCAGCUGCAGCUGCAGUCACAACUUCAACCCCAGUCUCAGUCACAACCGGUCCAGACCAACUACAGCAACCAAAUCAGCUACACAACUGCCAGUGUGAGCCAACCCACAGCGAUCUUGUCAUCAUCACCUCCAAAUGGACAGCCAGUGACCAUCCAGGCUCAGCUCCCAGGGCUGACGACCACGUCUCCUAUCCUGGCCACGUCAGCGAGCCCGCCAGUUCAAACCAUUGCACCCCACAUACAGCAAGUACCUGUUUUGCUACAACCCCAGUUCAUCAAGGCUGAGUCUCUGCUGCUGACCACUUUGAAGCACGACCCCUGCAUGGUCACUACUAUGGCCUCAUCCCUGGCCACCAACACCCCAGUGCAGAGCACUUCACUGCAGGCCUUUAUGGGUGGUGGUACCAUCCUGACCACGGUGCCCGUCAUGAUGGACACUGAUAAGCUGCCUAUCAACCGCAUCGCCAUCAGCGGUAAGCCGGUGGGCCUGCCACCUAAGGGAGAAAAGCGCACAGCCCACAACGCCAUCGAGAAGCGCUACCGCUCCUCAAUUAAUGACAAAAUCCUCGAGCUCAAAGAUCUGGUGGCUGGUACUGAGGCCAAGCUCAACAAGUCUGCAGUGCUAAAGAAAGCCAUCGACUACAUUCGUUACCUUCAGCAGACCAACCAGAAACUCAAACAGGAGAAUAUGGCUUUUAAAAUGGCAGCCCAGAAAAACAAGUCUCUCAAGGACCUGGUUGCCAUGGAAGUGGAUGGACCGGCUGAUGUGAAGAACGAGCUGCCCACCCCGCCAGCCUCUGAUGUGGGCUCCCCCAGCUCUUUCUCACACUGUAGCAGUGACUCAGAGUCUGACAGUCCGAUGGGGGAAGACACUAAGCAGCCCAGUGUGGGCAUGUUAGACCGAUCGGCAGCAGGAGGAAGUGCUGGCGGCAUGUUGGACCGUUCUCGCUUGGCCUUGUGCACCUUCACCUUCCUCUUCCUCUCCCUCAACCCUCUGGCCGCCCUGCUCUGCUCAUCCGGUAGCAGCUCAGUUGGAAGCCCCUCAGCUACUGCCACCCAUCCUGCAGGAAGAAGUGUCCUGGGUUUGGAUAUUGCAGCGGACUCAUGGGGCUGGAUGGAUUGGAUGCUGCCAACUCUACUGGUGUGGCUACUGAAUGGUAUUCUGGUGUCAGGGGUUCUGAUCCGACUGUUGGUGUAUGGAGAGCCUGUAACCAGACCUCACUCUGGAUCCUCUGUCUUGUUCUGGAGGCACCGCAAGCAGGCUGACCUAGACCUAGCUAGAGGAGAUUUUGCCCAGGCCAGUCAGAACCUAUGGACCUGUCUGAAGGCUCUAGGUCGUCCUUUACCUAUCUCUCAGUUGGACCUAGCCUGUUCUGCACUCUGGUCCCUGCUAAGAUUCUGCCUUCAGCGCCUUUGGGUGGGCCGCUGGCUGGCUACCAGGGCCGGGGGGCUGCGAUCUGACCGCCCCCUGAAGGAGGACGCCUGCAAAAGCAGCCGAGACGCCUCCCUUGUUUACCACCGCCUGCAUCAGCUUCACAUGACAGGUAAGCUGAAUGGUAGCCAUCUGUCAGCAGUCCACAUGGCUCUAAGUGCGGUAAACCUGGCAGAGUGUGCUGGCUCCUGUUUGCCUGUAGCCAGUCUGGCUGAGGUCUACGUCUCUGCAGCUCUACGGGUCAAAGCCAGCCUGCCAAGGAUCCUGCAUUUUACCUCUCGUGUGUUCCUGAGCAGUGCCCGUCAGGCGUGCCUGUCGUCCAGUGGCAGUGUGCCUCCAGCUAUGCAGUGGCUGUGCCACCCACUAGGUCACCGCUUCUUUGUGGAUGGAGAUUGGGCUAUUCGCAGCACUCCCAAAGAAAGCAUCUACAGCCAGGCUGGCAAUACAGUGGAUCCUCUGGCUCAGGUGACUCAGGCAUUCAGGGAACACCUCCUCGAGAAAGCUCUUUACUGUGUGGCCCAGCCUCAUGGAGAGAAAAGCCCCAGUCAGGGAGAGGGGGAGUAUGCUGAUGCCCUGGAGUACCUCCAGCUGUUGAUUAGUGCGUCAGAUGCAGCUGGUGCCACGUCCCAGUCCUUUGCUAUUGGCUCCAACAUGGCCAUUGUGACUGGUAAGUUGCUGGCAUUUUUGGAAUUGAGGAGUGUGGGUUGACUUCCACCCUCCCACCCCUUUUCUUUAUCCUCACUGAUCACAAAUCUGAGCCAAAAGGGGAAAGGGAGGCAGCCAC